UGACACUAACAGCGAUGUCACAUGGAAUUUAUUCUCUAUUUUCACUUUUUGUUUUGUCAAAAAUAUAAAACUGAUAUCAAAUACCAAUUUUUAUCAGCUGAUUUGUUUCUUCUAGCAACGUGAUUGUGAUCUAGAAUAACUAUAUUAUGUUGGCAAAUUAUUAUCUUUAUAAUACAAGAGUGAAAGUCUGGGUAAAGAACAUUGAACUGAUAAGAUUUCAUAUUUUGGUACUUUAGAAUAUCCCACAAUUGUUCACCAAAAAUUUAAGUAUGGAUAGAGGAUCCUACGAGAAACUCAGCAUAAGAGAAUCAGCCGCGCCUCUAAAAAAGUAUGGUAGCACAAGCAAACACAUACGUAGGAAUGAAAGUUAUUUUAAGCACUAUGUUACAAACAUGGAUACAUUACAAGGAAUUGCCCUGAAGUACAAUGUAACUAUAGAACAGAUCCGUAGAGCUAAUAAAUUGUGGGCUUCAGAUAGUUUAUUUCUUCGAGAGUAUUUAUUAAUACCUAGUACCGAGGGGCAGACGAGUAAUGAAAGUGAAACUCCUGUGAUGAGUCCAACAAGCAAUUCUUCACAAACUAGCACAAGCUGUGAUGAAGAGAGUAUAGAUGAUUUUUUGAAUAAGAUUGAUGCCGCUAUUGCUACUACCAAAGAAGAUGUAAAAAAAACAACACGAAAUAGCGAGUUUGCUUCAGGCCUAGAUCUAGAAGCAGAAAGAAGAAAACCAGCUGUUUCCAGGAUGAAACAGAUGGUGAAUAAUAAUGGAUCUAGUGAUUUCCAUGCAGUGGUUGUACAGCAAGGAAAAAAGGUCAGAACUUCUCUAAAAUACCACGAGAAACAGCAAGAUGAGCUUUUUCAGUUGUAGCAUUUUCUACUUACUUUCUUGCAUAUUUUGUUCAUGUUUAGUUGUGAAUUGCAUAGUUUAUUAAUUUAGUAAUAAGAUAAGAAACCGUCUUCUAAUUUGGAGUAUAUUGUGUAUAUACUUAUAACGAGAUAUGUAAAAAUGUAUAAAUAAGUAUGAUUAUCUAGGUAUGAAUGUUUUGCACUGUUGUGUGAUAUUUAUCGGUGAAUGCUUUCCUCAUAAAAAAGACAUGCACAAACAUUAACAGUUUCACCCAAGUGACUAUGUGCUUUUGAAUAUAUAGGCAUGGGUUCUAGAGAAUCCAUUGAUAGGGCACAGCUGAAAAGUAGACCUGUAUAUUAUUUUCAUUAUUAUUAUCAGCUAAAAUAAAAGUCUCAUCUAUAUCGAUAUUUUCCUGAUACUCUUUAUACUUUAUUGGUCUCUAGCUUUCAAUGGACUUUGCCAUCUUCAUCAGGAGCUGCAAUAAAAUUGAGAAGAAAUAUCAACUAUUGUGCAAAAUGAUCACUUCAGAUGGUGUGAUUUAUCAAUAUAUUAUGUCAAAUAAGCAAUGAUUUGGCAACAUAGCACACACUUUAUAAAAAUCUUCGCUCCAUCCAUCGACACUGACACCACCAACCUUCUGUCAUCUGUCAAAUGUUUCAUCCUACUUAUGAUCCUGUGCCACACCAUUUUGUGCAGCAUCAGGUGGUUCACGAUGUAAUUUUAACUUUCGUUCUAAAUAUUUUUAAUCCGUUUUAAUUUGUUCCUGAUAUACAGCUGUGGGUAUUUUAUAUUAAUUAUAACGAUUUUUGCACAAUAGUUGAUAUUUCUUCUCAAUGUUAUUGCAGCUCCUGAUGAAGAUGACAAAGUCCAUUGAAAGCUAGAGACGAAUAAAGUAUAAAGAGUCCUCAUUGCUUGAAUUUUGUCGAAGUACCCAACUAAAGGCAAUAUAUAUAUAUAUAUAUAUAUAUAUAUAUGCCGGUAUCGGCGAAAAUCCUGUAUCGGUCCAUCUCAACGAUAAAACUGUAUAUUAUUUCUGAUACGACUAUGAUAAAAUGUUUCUAAUUUUGAUAGUCUAUAUAAUUUUUAAGAUACAUUUCACCUAAAGUCAGUAGAAGGUAGUGAUUCAUUCGAGCGGCCGUGUAGCUCUGACGUUAUAGGCAUAGAUUUAGAUGCCCUGUCUAUUCAUUGGCACAUACUAUCAAAUACAAAAUAAUAUAUUUAGGGUGUAAAUUGAUUUCGUUAUCAAUAUAAUACAAAAAAAAAUUAUAUCAGUUAUAUAUUGAAGACUGGAAGUUAGAAUAUACAUAUUGCAAUCGUUACAAUUUCAUACAGAAUAUGAGAAAGAUCAAGAUACACUUUCGAUCACUUACUUCUGCUUGUUCUAAUUCUAUGUAACAUUUCUAUUUCCAUAUUUUUUAUCGCAUUCAGCAGCCCUCAGUAAAAACAGGUUCACCCUAGAAGAAAAAUGCUGAAACAAAAUGCCGCUUUAUGAUCAUCCUCCAUGUUUAUCUUACCGCUAAAUGAAACCACAUAUGCUUAGAUUAGAACGUUUCGGCCACCACGGUGGGCUUUUUCAAGUACAAAUGUCAGUUGAACUUGAAAGACCUCGUAAAAUUCAGUUCUGUACUGUAGCCAUGCAUUGAAAUAGGAAUAAGGAUUUUUGAAAGGAUGCACUUGUAAACAAAAUAAAGCUAUGAGAAUAAUAUUGAAUAUAAAUAAGUAC